CGCGCGCGCGUGUUUCCUUCGAAAACAUUGACAUAUAAAUAUAUGAUGAGUGUGGCAUGCAAUUUCAAUUGCUUCUAAAUGAAACAAGUCUUUUUCUCCGAGUGUUAAUUGUCUUUGUCUCUUGUCUCUCUCGCUGUUUGAUAUUUUUUAAUAUUUAGGCCAUGGGAAGAGCUCCAUGCUGUGACAAAGCCAAAGUGAAGAGAGGACCAUGGUCUCCUGAAGAAGACGCCACCCUCAAGACGUAUCUCCAGAAACACGGCACUGGUGGCAACUGGAUUGCUCUGCCCCUCAAAGCAGGCCUCAAUCGUUGCGGCAAGAGUUGUCGUCUGAGAUGGCUGAAUUAUCUUAGGCCUGACAUCAAGCAUGGAGGUUUUACUGAGGAGGAAGACUAUGUCAUUUACUCCCUCUUCUGUACCCUUGGAAGCAGGUGGUCUGUCAUAGCUUCUCAUUUGCCAGGAAGAACAGACAAUGAUGUGAAGAACUAUUGGAACACCAAGUUGAAGAAAAAAGUAGGUUUGGCAGGCAAGGCUGGUACUUGUUCCACUGCUACUAGUAACAUUAUUAAUCAUGAUCCUCAACAUCCCAGCAACUUGGGACUAGUACAAUAUCAUUAUCAGUUUCCUCCUGCACCUUCAAUCUCUAAUACUAAUCAUGAGAAAUCAUCGCCUAAUAACCACAGCUCGGAUACAAAUUCAUGUCUGGUGUCGGAUCAUGACGUCGUUUAUGGGCAACAACCCCAUGGUUCAGAUUUCAAUACUAAAGCCAAUACCAAUACCAUUAUUAUUAACAAUAAUAAUAUUGGAAACAAGAUCAGUUUGAUAUCUCCUCAUCAAGAACAACAAGACAUGGUGGUCAAUCCAACAAGUUGCUCAUCAUAUACGAGGGGUUUGGAGAAGAGUAAUUUAGGGUCAUGUUCUGGCAUUGGAAGCACAACUACUAUCACUAGUACUGCUGCUGUGCAAGAGGAUGGAAUUCUUAUGGAGUUGGGGUUUGAGUCUUCCAAUAUUGAUCUUCUUCUGAAUGGCUUUGGUUUUUAGCUGCCUAUGUAUUGCUACGCCAUCUUUAUUUUUUACUGUUAUUAUUAGCUAGCUUUGUCUCUUUUACUUCUAGUUGACACUACCCCCAUCUCCAACUAACUAUGAUGUUCAAAAGAAAAACAAGUUUAAAGAGAGAAAAAAAAAAUUAUAUAUAUAUUUGUAAUUUUUGUUUGGGUUAGAUUAUUAAUUGGUGGACUUAA